GGAAAAGGAAGGGGUUUGCGGAUGUGGGCGCGUUUAGCACAAGCCAGCGCCGAAAUUUAGCAGCCAGUUUCUUAAUUGCAGCUGUACAGGUCCGACAAUGACGCCCGCAGAGCAAAACGUAACAUGGCUAAUAUCACUCGGCGUCUUGGACUCUCCUAAAAAGACCGUCUCCGACCCAGAAGAGUUUUUGAAGGCGUCUCUCAAAGAUGGGAUGGUCCUCUGCAAACUGCUCGAACGCUUUCUGCCCGGAUCAGUCGAAAAGGUUUGUCAGGAGCCGAAGAGCGAGAGCGAGUGUUGCGGCAACAUCAGGGAGUUCCUCAAAGGAUGUGCGGCGUUUCAGAUCGAGGAAACAUUUGAGGUCUAUGACCUGUACAGAGGACAGAAUAUUAGCAAGGUUCUGAAUACUCUUUCAGCAUUUAACAAAGCAACUGAGGAGCGUGGAAGUGGAAGGACAUGCUCAACUUUCUCAUCCCAUAAUUCUGCGGAUUCCCUGAGCGCUUCACAAGCACUCGGCAGAAAACCAUCAAGACGUUUGCAGAGGCAGUCAAAAAAUUUGGACAUGACUGAAAGCUGUGGUUAUCAACUGGUGGUGAAGGCAAGGUUUCAAUUCAAGCAAACCAAUGAGGAUGAGCUGUCCUUUUCAAAAGGCGAUAUUGUUUAUGUCACAAGAGUUGAAGAUGGAGGAUGGUGGGAAGGCACAUGUAAAGGCAAAACGGGCUGGUUCCCAAGCAACUAUGUCAGAGAGUUCAAAACAAGUGAGAAGCCAGUUUCUCCCAAGGGUUCGAAAGGAUUUGAACCGCCUUCAGUUUGCAAGAAUUAUUACGGCUUGGUUAUACAGAAUAUUGUGGAAAAUGAACGAGAUUACUCAAAAGAGCUGCAAAAUCUCCUUGGCACAUACCUGCGGUCAUUGCAGGCCAAUGACAAAUUAUCUGCUGUUGAUAUUGUUGCGUUAAGAGGAAACUUAGAGGAAAUUUGCACCUAUCAACAAACACUUUACCAGGCUUUAGAGGAAUGUGCAAAGUUGCCAGAGCCCCAGCAGAAAGUUGCUGGUUGUUUUCUUAACUUGAUGCCUCAAAUGAAAUCUCUGUACCUUUCGUACUGCGCCAAUCACCCAGCAGCUGUGGGUGUACUCACACAACAUCGAGACGAGUUGGAUAAAUUUAUGGAAAGCCAAGGUGCUGCCAGCCCUGGUAGUCUGAUCCUAACGACAAGCCUCAGCAAACCCUUUGUGAGACUGGGCAAGUACCCAGCACUGCUACAAGAACUGGAACGACAUGUGGAGGAAUCGCAUCCUGAUCGUUCAAAUAUUUUAAAAGCGAUGACAUCAUUCAAAAGUCUAGUGGAUCAGUGUGAGGAGUUACGAAAGCGGAAGUUGCUGGAACUUCAGAUUCUGUCAGAGCACAUUCAGGGUUGGGAAGGUGAAGAUAUCAAAAGUCUAGGCACAGUUAUUUACAUGUCACAGGUCAUGGUGCAAUGUGGGGCAAGUGAGGAAAAGGAUGAGCGGUACUUCAUGCUGUUUCCAACUGUCCUCCUAAUGCUCUCGGCAAGCCCAUGCAUGAGUGGCUUUCUCUAUCAGGGGAAAUUGCCGUUGACAGGAAUGACGGUAACAAAAUUAGAAGAUAGUGAGAACUUCCAUUAUGCCUUUGAAAUCACAGGUAACAUGAUAGAACGCAUUAUGGUAUCCUGUAAUAGCAUCCAGGAAUUGCAGGACUGGGUUGAAAACCUACAUAUGCUGACCAAAGGCACAAUAUCUGGCACUGCCACCUCAAAACCACUGUCUGGCACAUCACAGUCACAGCACGGAGAGAGUAAACAGCCUCCAGCAACUCCAUCACAUCAAACACCUCCCUAUUCACCACCCCUGACUUACAACACCGCAGGGCAAAAUCGAGGACCGCUGGAACCUCCCAAAAUCUCCAAACCGUGGACGCUGAGCUGCCUAAGGCCUGCACCUCCACUAAGGCCUUCUGCUGCAUUAGGAUAUAAGGAGAGGAUGUCUUGUAUCUUUAAGGAAUCUAGUAAGAGCCCCAGAACAGUGAAAAAGUUUCUGCCUAAGAGAAAAACUGAGCGUAAAACAUCUGAUGACGAGUUUAUUCUGCGGAAAAGUACAGCAGCCCUGGAAGAAGAUGCACAAAUACUAAAAGUUAUAGAGGCCUACUGUACAAGUGCAAAUUUACAACAAACUCAUAGAUCGGUUUGUAGAAAAGAGUCAACGCCACAAGUUUUGCUUCCUGAAGAGGAAAAAAUAAUUGUUGAAGAAACCAAAAGUAAUGGUCAAACUGUAAUAGAAGAAAAGAGCCUUGUAGACACAGUUUAUGCACUUAAAGAUGAAGUCCAAGAAUUGAAACAGGAGAACAAAAGAAUGAAGCAAAGUUUAGAAGAAGAGCAGAAAUCAAGGAAAGAAUUAGAGAAGAUGAUUAGAAAAGUUCUAAAACAAUUGAACGAGUCUGUGUGGGAUGAUACAAAUCAUUAGCUCAUCAGCUUCCUGCUUUCACAACAUGGUGAAAACUGCUUCCAGACCUACAUGACUAAUAUGCUGCAAGUAUUCCUGGAGAAAUUCUCAACCACGCAGGGUCUUAUGACCUAAUCUGUUAAUUUCUGUGGAUAAGCAAGUUACCAAUGAACAGCAUAGAGGACACUUGAUGGGAAGGACCAGUUUAUGUAUGAAUCUGGGGGAAAAUGUACCCACAGCAAAGACUGAGAUGGUCCCUUGUUACAUGGAAUAAUCCUUUAAAACAUUACCUCAAUUUUGCUGUUGGUCCAGCUGUUUGGUACAGUGGAGAUCCAUCAUCGCAGUCAUUACUCCAUCAGCAAAAGGUGCCUAUCAAUGACCUCUUGAUUGUUAAUUAAAAACAAGCAUUGCUCUGCCUUUUCCUAAAGCAUCCUAAAGCAUUUGUCUUCGCCUCUGUAUCUUAGAAGAAGACGCGAGUUCUUGCUUUGGGAGUACCAGGUAGCACAAAUAAGAUUCAAGGACUAUUUUCUGUCUUUUUUAAAACUGAAAGUAACUCAGAUGUAAACUAUCCAUAGUUUUUGUUUAAGUGACAGAGCCUUGAACAAUAUACUUGUAUUUCCAAAUGUAAAUCAGGUCUAGAGAGGGUCCAGUCUCGAUUAAUACUUUAUUUAUGUUCUGCUAUGUUAAUACAUCCUGCUGUAGCAUGCAAAUAACAUUUCCUGCUAUACUCUACUGUUGGCUGAGUCAAUAGUUGUCAUGUCCUGAUAUUGCAUCCAAUGCAUGUAAGCUAUCAUGGUGCUCUUUUGUAGUCUCUAACAGUAGUGUGUGUACAUAUUAGGCUGUCCUUUUUAUAAACUGGUUAUUGCUUAAGUACAUUCCUGUAUAUUACAGGAUUUUGUUUAAUAUAUCGAGGAUACAGAAAGCAGAAUUUCCUGCUUAUAUUAACAUUAUUGGGCAGGGAAUCUGUAUUGUUUAUUAUCACCGAAACAAUGUUCACUGAUUCUGUUUUAUCAUGGUACAUCUUCUCGACAAAUAUUCUUGAAACAUUUAUUGAAACUAAACUGUUGGAAUAAUUUUUUGGGAGAACCACUUUGUUUUUGAUGAGUAAAGUGACACCUGGCAACUAAUAUAGGAUUCAACUGACUGAAUUACCUGGUAAUAACUGCAGAAGCAAAAAUGUAAUGAAAAAUUUACUAAAGCAACUUCCGAAUGUUACCGUGGGUCAAGCUGGAAAAAAUGCACAUACUUGUUUGAGAUUUUGCUCUACUUUUUGAAUUGUAAAUAAGCAUGGCUCAGAUUAAAUGAUAGAACUGAUUAUCUUCAACUAUCACUAUUGCUGUCAUUUAUUCUUUCCUGCAGCUGAUAUUUGUGGGGAAAAUUGCUCCUAUAAAUGCAGGACAUUGAUACCAAGAAGAACAAGAUACUAUUUUUAAAAAUAAGCAAUGAGUAAUGUUUUUAAAAAGUAUUGUAAAGUUACUCUUCCUUUAUGUUGUACUUCAAUCCCCUUGUAAAUAAACAGCUCCUAUAUUUUGGCAGGGAUCGUGCUUCAGCUUGUACCUGUAGAAAAUGAUUACAUGGUUGACUGUAUUUUUGUGCUGCUGGCUUCAAUACAAAUAAAUUGAUUUUCUCA